ACUUUUAAGGGCGGGGUAUACGGUCCUGGCGGGUUUUUGUUGUCUAUGCCGAUGGCCUAUUCUCCUGGGGACAAAAUAUUCGCUAAAGUUAAGGGUCAUCCUCACUGGCCAUCUCGAAUUAACCUUCUUCCGGAGGAUGUUCCAAUUCCAAAGGGGAAAUAUCCAAUUUUCUUUUAUGGGACUCACGAAGUUUAUUUCUUAGCUCCUAAAGAUAUAUUUCCCUAUGAAAAGUUCAAACAUAAGUACGGGGUGCCUCGUAACAAGGCUGUUUUCCAGGCUGGGUUACGAGAGAUCGAAGAAAAUCCAGAUGUCUUACUCUAUAAAAAGGAUCCAGAAGCGGAAACAUUUUUGGCUCAGUUUUACUCAUUUAAACGUGGAUGUAAAGAUGCUGGUCAAAAUUCCGUUCUGGUUUCCCCUACAACGGAAAUACAAUGUCAAAAGCGAUCAAAGUCAACCUCGGCUGAAACGGAACAUGGAAGACCAGCCAAACGACCACAUACAGAAUCUCGCAAAAGCAGUGGUUCAGUUAACCAUCAAUCCUAUAGUGCACAAAGGGAUAGAAGAAGUAGUGCAAUAAAAUGUGUGAAAAAAUCGCCAAAUACAACUAAUAGCCCUUUAAAAUCAUCCAUUUCGUCUGCUGAUGUAGUCGAGUCAGAUGGUUUUGUUCCUGUAGACUCUCAACGUGUUUCAGCUCUUCGUCUACGUAUUCGUAAACAUUCCUCUGUUUUUAUGUCCCCUGAUUCCGUUUCUCCAUCCUCCCCAUCUACAACUGGGUCAACUGCUACAUUAGAAGCACGUCACGGUUUUGAGCAGUCACAUGCAUCGUCAAACGAUCCAUUGAAAAUUAUUAUACGCCAAAACACGGCUAUAUCUCCACUUGUUUCCAUUGAGAAAACAAAAUCAAGGCCUAUAGUUUCAGUGACACCUACGCGUAGUACAGCUAGUGAGAAUCACACAAAUCAAUCUGAUACUCAUCGCACACGUUCUACAGCGGUUGUCACUCCCCUUCUUCGAAAUGUCCUUCCGGAACUCAGUGAUGAUUCUUCUGAUUCUGUUGUUUCUACGAAUGAUGCAAAUCAAAAGACAAAUAAUACUGAUAAUAAAGAAAAACAAUCUAUUCUGGAAGAAGCAGCUAAAAAUAACCAAGAUUCUAACCGAGAUACCUAUCGAACUGAUAGUAUUCGCCUAAGAAGAAGAUCUGCGAAACAAGGACGUUAUUCCACUGAAUUCAUUAUUUUCACCAAUGUUAAAAACUCUCGAAAAAGAAGCCCUAGUGUCAGUCCUAAAUUAUCAUCCCGUAGCUGGGAAAAGAAUCCAAUGGAGUUGACUUCCAAAUCUGUUGGUGUUAGAACUCCAUCAGUUGUUAGUUCCAAUUCUACCGUUGUUGUCCAGUCAAAUACCAUGUCUACUUUCAGCGACCGAAACAUAAAAGACAAAGAACAACAGUUAAAAGAUUUGGACGCUGAAGAACGCCUACUGCUGAUCGAUCGUUCCAUAAAGUCAAGUUUAAUUCAAGGUCACGAGGAUAUUGCCACAUGUGUUGAUAGGCUUGAGUUUCUUGACAAGAUGACUAUCUCUUUACCAAUAAUGGCUAGAUGUUGGACAGUUGUAGAAACAAUAAGAAAAUGCCGUCGAUAUAAACGUUCUUUAGAAGUAAAAAUUGCUGCUCAAAAAGUAUUUAAUAAAUUUCUCCAACUUUAUGCUACUGCUGAUAAAAAUGAGUUGGAUCUUGCCCAUGCUGAGUUGAUUAAGCAUCAACAGCGUCAUAUAAAGAAACAUUUUCCUGGCUUUAAUAAAGGUGAUUCUUUAGAAGAAACUGCAUCAAUGUCAGCCAAUUCUAUUCCCCCAUACAUGGGACCUAAAUCUAUGGCUGAUUUAUUCCAACUGACAAUGCGCUCUUCAAAAAGUGAGGUACCAGAUGUUAAAAAAACUUGUCAUGAAGCAGGAAAAAGUAAUUCUGAAAUUUUACAAUCUCCAUCUUCUGUUGAUAUAACACCUAAUACAUCCCAAGCUUUAGAACGAUUUGAAUUAUCGACUGUUAAUAUGGAUACACUUACCUGUGUUGCAGUUAAGUCUCCUACUCAACAUGUUGUUACCACAGUUUGUGAGUCAGAAUCUCAUUCAUCACUGCAUUCACCUUUAAAAGUAGGUUAUCAAACUGAUGUCUCUGUCCAGGAUAUACCUCUCCCUGAAGAAACCCCCACUCAGUUUAUUUCACCGAAGGAAACAACCAUGAAUUCAACUGAUUUAAUUGCCAUAGGUAAAGACAUUUGUGAGAUGCCAACUGAAGAGGAGGAUGUUGAAGAAGAAUUCGAACUUCUAGAUGUAUAUGAAGAACCAGAAGAACCAGACGAUGCUGCUAUAAUCCAACAAUCUGAUUGUAAACUUCCCAUACCUCAGUUCUCUGAGCCGGAUAACUUUGUUAAGACCAAAAGUAUAUCUCUAUCUACUACACCUGAACAAGCUGGUUUUACAGUGACUCCUAUGUCAGACAUCAAUUGUGGUUCAUCAGCGACGUAUAUGGGUGCAUAUCAUUCUCAUCCUGUUAUUACAAAUAAGUCGCUAUAUCCAUAUCCUAUUUUCCCAAAUUUACAGAUGCAGAAUCCCUACAGAAACCAUGGUAAUUUCUUAACCGAUUAUUCUUCACCAUCUCAUUCACAUCUUCGCCAGAAUGUUGACGCAACUCCACCUCAGUCUUCCUCACGCGCUUAUAUACCACAUUCUCUUCAUCCUUCAGAAGAUCCUCCUCCACCUUAUAGGCCAUAUAUUCCAAGUCGCUGUGACCGUGAACAAACUCAAGAAUUAAUAACUUCACUUGAAUCAUCUACAAAACUACCAAAAGAAUUGUCUCAAUCUAGUCAUAUCACAAAUAACGGAACUAUCCAAGAACUCACUUCAACGACCAAGCAAUCAAAUCCCAAUCCCGAUCGCCGCAAAGUUUGUAGUGCAUCUAAUAAAAACAAUAUUUCUCGGGAAAUUCGAACUCCGCCUCAUCGAGGUCGUAGUCCACACGCCCUUCCACAUCCACUAGAGCACUAUCAACGUUAUCUUAAUUCUGCUCUUAGCUCUGAAGAUGAAACAAGUAAAAAUGAUACGUCUAAACAAUUCACUGACAGACCUCUUCUAUCGCAUGACACUUUACCGAAUGAUCAGUCAUCUGUUAAUGAUUCUAAGACCGAUAAAGUUAAAACUCAUAUUUCUCCUGUUAAUGAUAAUCUUCACAAUGAAAUGCCCUUUGUUAGUCCAUCUGCUGAAGAUCUUGAUACUCGUAUUGCACGGUUGUAUGAUUUAGCCAUGCGCAAAAAUAACAUAACAACGUCAAAUACUUCUGUAGAUACAUCUAAUGAAAAUAAAUCACAAAAGCCCACUGGCAAUCCAAUUACUUCUCCCCCUCCUCCUCCACCACCACUUCCUACGUCUCAACGUAUACUAUUCACACAUAGACCGCAAAAUCCAAUUCAUUCGAAUGUAUCUAAAUCUCUGACUCCUUUAUCGUCUUCACAACAGGAACUGCGACUGUCAUCUCAUAAGAUUAAUACCAACAACAGGAAUCUUGAAAACAAUACUGGACAUCGAGGACCUAUCGAUCGCAGCAAUCAAAUUAGUUCUAGCUCUUUACAUGAACAGAUUCGGUAUUUACCAUCUGGUUCUCAUCCGCCCGGCCCUGAUAAUAUUGUGAUUAAUCCUUACAUUUCAUCUGAGCAACAAACUAGAAAUAUCCCUAUUUCUGAAUCUGCUCUUGGAUUUUCUGGUAUUAGCUCAGAUUCUAUACACCCAGCAACCUGCUCAUAUCCAAGACGACCUUUAAAUAACCAACCACAAAGUGCUCGUCAUUAUCCUACGAAUCCGAGACAUAAUUACCAAACACCACCAACAGCACAUCCUCAUUUUCAACAUUCUAAUUCAAAUCGUAUGAAGUUAAAUAAUGAUCCAUUACACUCCGGUCGGCGUCAUUCAGAUAGAGAUGAUGAUCGAGAUAUUUAUUCAAUGCUUGGUGUUUGAAUAAAACAUUCGUAUCUUUUUAGUUUUUGCUUUUAGCUUGUUAAAUUGAUCCCUUUGUUGAACUUUACUUAUAGAUACUUAGAUUGAUUCAUUAUAAAAUGAAUAAAAAAUUUAUAUUUUAUUCUUGAUGUUCAAGAUCUAACUCUUGAACUCCUUUCUUUCUCUCUCUCUCCCAAUAACUCUUAUAUUUUGUUUCCUUUUAUUUAAAUAUCACCAAAUCAUGUAAAUAUUUUCAUAAUUCUGUUCUAUUUUAUCAUUUCACCUUUUUUUUGGUACAAAAUGCCAAUAGACCUUAUUUCAACUUGUACAUUUUUUUCAAAUGAUCAUUAAAAGAACAAUCCAGAUUUAUCAAUGAUAUACGUUGUGUGUGUGUAAGUUCAUCACUUUCAUCUUCUCUUGGGUGUGUCAAAAGGAUUUUCAUUUGCAUUUUGUUUUUGUUUUUCAGUAAAAAGAACAACAACUUCUAGACUGACACAAAUAUGAUAACCUGUUUGUUUGUGUGUUCAAUUAAUUGAUAACAAAAAGAAUACAUGAUCACUUUUAUAUAUUGAUUUAUAUUCAUACCAGCUGAUAGUUGAUCAGUCACAACGUAGAACUUCGUACGUACGUACAUCAGUUCGAGUUGCCAUACCACAUUAACACAGAGAUGCAGUUUUCGAUUCAAAUCCAAUAGUGGUAGAAGUAGGAAGAGUAUAAGCAUUAUGUGAAAGAUUAGGGUUUGAAGAUGUUAUUGAAGGAGUAUCAUUCAGUGAAACAAAUUUCAAAAGAGAAAAAAGAUAGAGGCAUGAAAAAUUCAGAGGAUUAGAAUUUGGUAGAAUAUAAAGAGUGAAUGCACCUUGGCCAUUGCAAACGAUUUUGAGCCAUAUCAUUCAAGAUCUCUAACCAUCGAAUAGUUGAUCAGAUGUGGGUAGGUAUAGUAUAUAGUUUCUAUUAAUAUAAUAAGGCAUAUGUUUUUGAAAAAAAGCAAUUCUAUUUUCUCAAAACUAAAUAUCUAUAAUACAUUGUAUAAUGAAGGUAUUUCGUUAGAGAAUUUACUGUUUUUUGUAUGAUCAUAAUAAACCUAGUAUUUCA